UAUGAAAAUGAUGAAGUUCAAUAUGGUAAUUUUAUUAUAUCCAACUGUAAAAUUGACUAUACCGCUGAUCCGCUUUUCAAUGUUACAUAUUUAACAAUUCGUCGUGUGGAUGGAAAAGAUAAUUACAUACAUGAAUUUGAGCACUGGCAGUAUGAUUGGAACGAUUUCACUGAUUAUCACUGGCCAUUUCGUAUACUUCGAAGAGCGCGUCUUGCACCAACACCAACAAUCAUACAGUGCUUAGAUGGUUGUGGUCGUUCUGGUACUUUGGUUACCAUAGAAGUAUUGUUAAUGCUUUUACUUCGAGGCUCAGCAUGUUAUAGUAAAUUACUGCCAACUACAACAAUAUUUGUACGUCUUCAGCGUCGUCAUGCAAUUUCAUCUCCGUUACAGUAUCUUUUCAUUUAUAGAACAUUACUUUACUGGAUGCAACCUUUUAUUACUUCCAUUACUACUCGUUUUAUUCUUGGAUUGAUUUGGCCCGAAUGGGGUUUCAUCGGGAAAUAUCAGAAAAUGCUCAGUUCCCGUCGAAAAUUUCAGUGA